UUUUUUCCGUUCCUUCUACUCGAUCAGGCAUCCGUUAUUUUGCACGAGUAUCUGCGCCUGGUCGUGAGCGUUGUUGUUCCCAAAAGUUGAGUUUGCCAUGCCUACUUCCGCUUCAAGCGCAGCUGUUGCUGCCGUUUCUGCCGCUGAUUGUCCAGUCCCGCGCUCUGACAGCGCUGCAACUAAAUUCACCCCAUUGGCCGACUCACAACCGCCAAAUCAGUCGACACGAUUGCCAAACGCAUUUCGCGCAAAGCUCCUGGCAAAUUUGGACAAGAACGAUGCGCUGAUUCGCCACGCUGUUCGCAAUCCUGCAUCGUGGUGGAGCCCGACCACACCAGUAGCUGCUGAAACAACGAGCGUGCAACUGGCGUCGCUAUUUCUGAGUGCUUGGGACGGCGAUGCUGAGGCUGUUCGAGCUGGUCUGUGUGCUUUAAAGUCGGGUCAGCCGUUGCAAGUCGCGAGUCAGUCCCGCUCCGCCAGCCGAAACAUUCGCACCUAUCCCUCCCAAGAGGAGGCUGUCAAGGCACUGACCGAGGCAGUCAGCACGGCGGGUGCGACUUCAUAUGGCAACGCUGGUGUGCACUUGGCGGAUGCCUUUUUGCAGGAGCGUCAGGCCGAAUCUGCCCAGAGCAUCCACCUUCCUUACUUGCUGUGUUUCUCAGCCACGUCUCAAUUUGUAGACAGCCAAAUCAAAUGCUGCCCGACGCUGGUACAUGCCGCAAUUUAUCGAGGCCAUUCGACGGUUGCCGAAAUGCUGGUGGUGGAGGGUGGCCUUCCCGCUGCGAUUGCUCUUGCUAUUGCAGUCGACUACGGGCAACUGGCCAUGGCGCAAUCGAUGGUCUCUUUGGGUGGUCAGCUGUCAUCGGCACGCCAUCUGUCCAGCGCCGUCCGCAACGGGGACCUGCCACUCACGCGUUGGUUGAUUGCGCAGGGUUUGACGCCGACCCGGUCGCAAAUCGAACAGGGCGCAAUCGAUGGCGAUAUGGAGCUGUUGGCGUUGUUAUUGGAUACACGGGGUUCCAGUUUGGAGGACAAUGUCGGCGACAGAUCCAAGGCGGCGAACGGCGCAAUGCAGCCAGCUACCCAAACUCGGCCGUUGUCGCAGCCGUUGCUCGCGAUUCGCACCAUAUCGCUGCCCGCAGCUCGACUGUUCUUGGAUCAUGGCAUUACGGAGGGGAUUGUCGAAUUCGCCAUCCGGUGCAUCGAAAAGAGCCAGCAAGAGUUGCUCGAAAAAGCGCUGCAACGAUGCCUGGACGCCGCAGUUCCCAUGGACGAGACCCUGCUUGCCGUCUGCUGCAAGCACCAGCAAUGGGCACUCAUUCCGCUGGUGGUAAAGUUUGGUGCCAAGCUUCCCACUCCGGUGGCGUUCUACAAGAUGACGCUGGAAGCAAUGCGCGUGUGCUACCGGCCCUUCCCGUACAACGCUGCCAAAUCGCCCUACACUCUUGUGGCGGCCGUCGCUACAAGUAAUCACUUGCCUGCGUUGGUUGCGAUGCUGGAUCAAGGUGGCGGGGCUCGCUGGCUCGAGCUGGACGAGCUGAUUUGCGAGUCCAUUCUCUCUCGAGCCAUCAUGGCAAAAUGUAGCGUCGACGUCGUGCUCCUGCUGUUGUCGCGGGGUGCUCACAUCAACGCAUCCACGCUUCGGGACGGUGCGCCGCUUGAUGCUGCUUGCACGACUGGCAACGGUCCCAUUGUCAAACUGCUGCUUGCGCUGAACGCCAAGCCGCACUUUAACCGUACAUGCAGCACACAGUACCACUCUUCCCAACUAGAAGCGAUGCUCCGUGAAGCACAGGCAAGGAAGGAGUCAAUGCGGCAUGUGCUCACUCUGAGCCAAGCGCAAGCAAGUGUCGCCGUGUUGUCGAAUUCUGCAACGCUGUCCAACCUUUGCCGGCGAACCUUGUACGCCACCCCAGCGAUUCGCAAUCACUUGUACGAUGGGGUCGAGCACACCGCAUGCGACUUGUACCGUCUGGACGAUCUACCCAGUUGGUCGUCACGCAUUGAUGGUGGCACGCUCAAGUCCGUGCGGGAUUCGCUUUGAGCGAGCAUUUUGUUUUCAAAGUAACCUUUACAGUGGUGUGUGUGUGUGUGUGUGUGUGUGUGUGUGUGUGUGUGUGUGUGUGUGUGUGUGUGUGUGUGUGUGUGUGUGUGUGUGUGUGUGGCCAGCGAAUCAUCCCAUCAUCCGACAAGUGCGUGAGGGUUGGCAAGUUCAAGUUCGACGCAGCAAGUUUGCCUUCUUUCUGCUAUUUGAAUCGCUUUAUGUCGGAUAUAUGUCUAAAU